AUGAAGGAGAAGAAGAUCAAGAAAUCAUGGAUGAUGAUGAUUGUACAUGCACAAGAGAUUGAAGAACAAGUAGCGCUACGUGGCGAUGAUGAUCAUAAGGGUAAACAAGUAGUACUAGACAGUGAUGUUCAUCAUCGAAGUGGAGAUCGGGUUUGUGAGCAAUGUGGGAAGAGAUUUCAAAAUGGAAAAGCUUUGGGAGGUCACAGAAAGGUUCAUCUCAAUCAGUCUCUUCUUCCCCAGAAGAACAAAGCAUUGUUUAAGCAGAAGAAGAAACAUGGUUCUUCUAAAGGCGGCAGCAGCAGUGAAGUCUCGUGCUACGUUUGCAAAAAGGAUUUCCCAUCUAUCAAAUCCUUGCACGGACACAUGAGACUCCAUCGCGAAAGAGACUGGAAGGGUGUCAGACCUCCUGGGGCUGUUCAGCCUCUUUCCGAAGAAAGUAAAUCUUCUUCAUACGAAAAUGGCUCCGAUGAUGAUGGUGAAGAUGACGGCAAUGAUGACGGUUAUGGUGAUAGUAGUUUUUCUGAUCACACCAUAGAGACAGACAAUGAUGCAGCAAUUUUUUUAGUAAACUGGAGGAAUAUUGAACAAAGACGCAGGAUUGCUUACCAAAGAGAUCCUAAUGGUGAAGACAAAGUUAGCGAAUUCGGACGGAAGAAGCUAAUAGAAGAGUCACCAGUUGGAUACAAAGGUAAGCCUUCAUCCAAGAACAUCAAAUUUGAUGAUGGUAGUAAGAAAAUUACCAAGGAGGGGAGUAAAAAUUUUGGAGGUGCAAAACCCAAAAAAGAUUUCAGCUUGUUUGGUCAAACCCACAAGCAAAUUUCAAGGAAGCCUCAAGAGUUUAGAGUCACAAGAUCAGAUGCAACGUUGAGUGACAGGAAUGUAGACGAAUCAGCCGGGUUUAGUAGUAAAUAUGCAGCUCACCAAGUUAGUGAAUCGGCAUUGGAGAAGGCAAUAGAAAAGUCACCUGGUGGAUACAAAGGCAAUAAAAAUUCGGAGAAAAGUAGGUCCGAGAGUGUGAAUUUCGUGCCAAAUAAGUUAAGCAUUGGAGGUAAAGAAAAGGCUUCUGUGGAUGAUUAUGAUGAUGAUGAUGAUGAUGAUCACGAUAACGACGAUGAGAAUGUUGAUCAGACUAGUUGGAAGAUUUCACGAAAAACUCAGGAAUUUGGUGCGAAGUAUGCUGAAAGAGAAAAUUACAAUGGCCCUAGCGCUACCAGUAACCAAGUACUUGAAAGAGCAGAAGAAGCUGAAGCAGUGGAGCACGAGACCAAAGAGUUUGUGUGCAACAUCUGCCCCUCCAAGUUCUCAACAGGUCAGGCUCUGGGAGGCCACAAGAGAUGUCACAACAAUAGAGUGCCGGUGGAAGAAGCUCCAGAGACAGCAGAAGUAGCACCAGUGGCUGAAGAAGACGGUGAGAUCACUACUGUUCCUGAAAAACUAGACUUGGAUCUCAAUCAACUUCCUUACGAAUCAAACGAUGAGUGA